AUGGCGCGGCUUGACCCAUUCCUACGAGGGAUGGAGCAUUACUCCAAGGUCGUUGAGGUGCUGUGCAACGGCACACCUUAUCUUGCCUGGAUCUGGGCGCCAGUUAAACUCAUGCUUACUCCUACAAGUUUGUGCGGAGAAAAUGUAGGGAGCUGCGAGUGGUUUGUACAGCACAAAGAAACCCAAUUAUGGCUGGGAGAUAGCGCAAAGAAUUCUCUACUAUGGCUUUGCGGAAAGCCGGGAGCAGGUAUCCAUUCCGAUGGUCCAAACCGUCUGCUGCGAUCCAUCAUCUCGCAGGUCCUCCAGAAGCAUCAGGAUCUCGCAAUCUACGUUCAUGACGUCUACUUCACUUCCCACCCAAUGCCAACGAAGAAGGCAUUACUGAGUCUUCUCCCUGAACUUCUCCAAGGGCUGGGCUCUGUAAGGCUUGUUAUAGAUGGUGUUGACGAGUGGAGUUCACGAGAUCAAAAAGAGCUUCUCAAAGAUCUUGCCGAGCUGGUAUCUCCUGUUCAUUCUACCCAUAACUGUAAGAUUAUGAUUGCCAGCCGAGAGACGAUGGAAAUUUCACGAUCUUUGCGCAAAAAGGAAAAAUCAGUAACAAAAGUCUCUCUCAGCAACGCCAACGAAAGCUUUGCAGUUACCCGCGCGAUUGCCAAUUUUAUUGAUAGCAAGCUUUCUGAUCUUCCUGAUCAUUUUGAUGAGCUCGAUCCCGAUGCAUCUAUCCUAGCUCAUGUCAAAGAAACUCUACGUAAGAAGUCGCAUGGUAUGUUCCUGUGGGUAAACCUCGUGCUGAAAUCACUUGAUACGGUUUACAGCCCCGAAGAGCUGCGUACAAUCGUCGAUGAUCUUCCCUCUGAUCUCGAAAAUCUCUAUGAUCAAAUUUUCACUCGUCUCUGCAGCGCUCCAGGUGCGCGUAAUUACGGAGGCGUGCCGGGUGUCAUGAGCUGGAUAUGCUUUGCCCAGAGGCCUUUGCACAAGUCAGAGCUACUGCACGGACUGUCGAUUUUUCCAUACAACUCGAGCUCUCAGGUCCAGAGUAUCCCUGUCGCCUCUAUACUAGAUCACUGCAAGCCGCUCAUAGAAGAACUCCCAGAUUCGACAAUAGUACCAGUCCACUUUUCGGUGAAAGAGUACUUCCUCAAAGCUCAAACACCACAGAUUGUCCCAGCAAUCAAAGCCGCUCUAGAUAUUUCAUCCGCUUGCGCCAUCAUCAUUACCCGCAGUCUCAAUCUUUUGCGGUUUAAAAGCAACUCUCUUGAAUACCUUACUCAAGUUGCGAGUGGUAACUAUAGGCUUCUACCGUACGCGAUAGAGUUUUGGAUCGAACAUUGUUCGCAAUAUGCAUCGGGAAGAGACAGUCUCGAUAUCGAGACGUACUUGAUCAACAACGACCAAACGCUCUUUAGUCAGCUUUCCCAAAAAUACGAAAAUGCAAUUGUGCAUCUUUUGGCGCAGCAUGAAGUUGAAGGCAUCUCAUCAGCACUACUCCGAGCAUUUCAAGAGUCGUAUGCUUCGAACGCCUUUUUUUGCCGCUUUCCACAUUGUGAUCGGCUAUCUUUGGGCUUUCCCGCUGCACAACUCCGGUGCGAACAUGAGGUCGUUCAUAUUCAACGCGUGUAUUGUCAGACAGCAUCCUGUCAGUAUAGCCGUAUCGGAUUUGCAAAGAAAUCCGCACUCAAGGCGCACACGCGCAAACAUCAUGGCCAGUCAAGCAUUCAGCUCAUGCCCGCGAAAGUGCGC